UUUGUUUUCGUUCGCGAACAUCGCUUCGUCCGUAGGUUUUCGCCGGUUCGUAUCCGCUAAGAUUUAGGUGUUUCGGUUACAAUUUCUAACGAUUAAUUUAGUGUUGGCAUUCCGUGGUCCGAGCGGUCAUAAUGGCAGAAAAGAAGAUUAGUUUCGGUUUUAGCAAAAUCGCAAAGAAAAUAAAUUUGCAAGCCGGACCGGCCGCAUCCACCGCCGGUGCAAGCAGCUCAAGAGGAAAAGAUGAGAAAAUCGAGAUGAUAUCCUGCUUGGAAGGUCAAUCGAUUAAGAUCAUAGGGAAAGAAAAUGGUGACGAGGAGGCCGCCCCCUUGGUGAUUCCCUUGCGGGACCAAGACAAAACAACGAUCCCUGUACGAUUAGCCAAAUUGCAGCAAAUCAACGAAGACCGAAAGGUGCCACAUGUUGGAGAAGAAACGCUCGAACAGAAGGCAGCCCGCGAACUGCUCGCGGCUGCCCAUGAUCACAAGAAUCGUGCAGUGGAAAAGAAUAAUAUUGUGAUUCCGCUGAAACCGGAAGACUUACCCCUCGAGGGAGGUCAAAUGUCUUCGUUGGCGGAUUACGAAGCGAUGCCACCGGAAAAGUUUGGCCUGGCACUGCUUCGCGGAAUGGGUUUUAAGGAUGAUCCCAAUGCACCGAAAAAGGAAGACAAAUUGCCCGAUGUUCGACCCAAAGGGAUGGGUUUGGGGGCAGAACGCAUACCGAAGGAUAAAAAUCGCCAGUUGAUUCCACCGGCGAAGGAUGAAGUGUUGGUGAUGGGAAAGGGUGCAUUUGUGAGAGUGUUAGCUGGGAAGCACAAGGAGUCAUACGGAAGGGUCGAAAGCCUAAAUGAGGACACCUCUCGCGUGCUGGUUUGUUUCGCCCUCGGAGGUAACCAGGAAUCUUUGAACGAAUACCUACUCCAACUCGUCUCGAAAGCCGAGUACAGCAAAUACUCCAAAGUGCUAAACAAUGCAAAGUACGAAGAGUUUAAGUAUCGCUCGGCAACCACUGGUGUAGCGGUUAAACAAGAAGAGCGUGACGAACGUAAGAUCAAACGAGAACCUUCGGAUUCACCUCCACCUAAACCUCAAGCUUCCUGUUCCAACCGGACGAAUACAGUUGAUCACAAACAACAACAACAGCACAAAAACCGAUCCCGCCACAGUUCCCGCUCACCUUCCCGGAGUGAUCAUAACAAUCGAAGGGAUCGGCGUGACGAUCGUCGUGAUGAUCGUGACUCGAGAACCAGCAACAAUCGGCACGAUCACCGAGAUCGCCACACAAGACGUGAUUUAAGCGAUGCCGAUGAGUCCACCGAUGGUUCGGUAAAUGAUCGAGAUCGAAAUCGACAUCAUCAUCAUCGGCACCAGAAAGCAUCGUCCUAUGGAAGGACAUCUUCCGGGACGAAAAAGAAAUCACACAAAUACAAACAACGCCGGGAUCACUCACGGGAGCGGAAGGUUGCUCAUUCGUCCGACGAAGAUGAUCGGCAUCACAAGAAGAAAACGAAAAAGAGCAAGAAACAGCGAAGUCGAUCUCGUAGUCGUCGGUAGUGAAGGCUCGGGGAGUUGGAGGAAGUGAGUUAAUCGUUGACUGUGAGUGAUUGUGAAAGUAAUAAAAAAUAAGUGAAUGACAACCAUUAUCAU